AUGGACUUCAUUAUUAAAAUUGGUGUGGAUGGUCAUCAAUUUCUUUUGACUCUUCCAGCUGAGAAUAAACGGUAUUUAUUGUAUAAGAUUUUAGAUUACAAUACUUAUAAGAAUAGAUUUAAAACGAAACAAAAGUAGAAGUGAAAAAUUAAUUACUUCUAACAAAGAAAGGAGUUAAAUUAGAAGAUUUAAAUCAAUUUGAUAUUGAUUAAUAAUUGCAAUAAACAGUAUAAUAAUUUCCAGAUGAAUAAAAAUUUUAUGUAAAUAAACAAUAUUAUUGACAUAGACUAUAUAUUUAUUUGAUCUAAGUGAAAAUCCAGAGCAAAUUAUUUACCCUUUUCCUAAAUAUGAGCCUAAAAUGGAUCUGAAGCAAUUGUUAUUGCAAGAAUAAGCAAAAGAAACUCUUGUGAAUUUGAACACAAACAUCCUUAAUCAUGAGAAAAUAUUUUUUUAGCAUUUACAAAACUUAAAAAAUAAAUACAUACCUUAUUAAUAAAAGGUAAAAUAAUUAGAAAAGAUUGGAUAAGAUUUGGAAAAUCAAAUUUAAUCAUUUGAUAUAGUAUUAAAGAUGAGUAGAAUUACAUAUAAAAAUACAAAGGCCAAGAAAGAGGAGUUGACAAAAAAAUAAAAGGAAUCUUUAGAAAGAAAUUUAUAGACAGUUAAGAAAUUUGAUGAUAGUUUAGAACAAUUAAAAAAAAUAGAGUUACAUGCAGCCUUAUAAACAAAUUCAUAAAAAUAUUUAAGUGAUAUUUAUUAUAAACCAGAAUCAAUGCUUAAAUGGAAAAACAGUUGUUUAAAUACUUAAUAAAAUUUAAAAUAAAAGAUUGAUAAAUUAAAUUAAGCAAUAUCUAAAUCUAAACAAAAGAUAAAAAAUGAGAAAACAGAAAAUAUGACAUAAUGCUUAUCAAGUUAUAAAGCAAAUUAAUAAUAAUACUAACAAUUUAUUUAAGAAAAUAAAUCACUCUUGCAAUCAGUAGUCUAAUCAACAAUAGAUGGUAAAAGUAAUAAUUAUAAAUAGAAUACAAUACUCUAAGACAAUAUAUGAUAGAUUUUUCAUAAGAUAUAAAUGAUGAACCAGCCAUGUAUUAUUUAUCAUAGUUUGAAUUAUCUUAAGAAUAACUGAAAUAAUUUGAAGAUGCUGUUAUUCAUUUAGGAGAUCAUUUGGAAAAAAGUAUUUUGUAUCUUUAAUCUUAGCUAAAUAAGUAUUUAUGUAAUUCACAUAACUUAAAUAAUAAAAUAUGUCUAAAAUUUUAAAAGUAUUUUAAAAUUUAAGAGCUCUUGAUAAAGAAUUUGAGUAACAUAAUGAAAAGAUAAAGUAAUAUGAUGAGGAAGUGGAGAAAAUGGAGAAAGACUUUUCAUAUCUUUUAAAUCCUGUUUUAUUACCUUAAGCUUAUUAAUAAGCUUUAAUUGAAACGAGUAGAAGGAAAGAAUUUAGAGAUAUAUUUGAUAAGAAAAUUAAAUCUUUAAUGUCAUUAAUUGAUUAAGAAAAAGAUAAACGAAAGAAAUUUUUAUAGUAGUAUGGUAGAAUACUACCUCAAGAUUUUAUUGGAUAAUUAAAAAACUUAACUCCAUCAAUUCAGAUUAUUAAUGCUUUUGCAGAUGCUGAAUUACCAAAUAUAACAGGAUUACAUACUGAUACAUUUAAAAAACGAUAAGAUAAUGAUCUUGAUUAAUUAAAAUAAUAAAUAGAAGAUUUAAAUUAAUAAUGCAAACAAACACAUCUUUUUUAUUAAGAAAAAACCACCAAAAAAUCUUCAACUUAUGUUGAAUUAUUAUAAUUGACUGCCAAAAACUCAAUGAAAAUGUUUAUUUAGAGAGCAGAAAAUAAACCAUUAUCAUCAAUAGAAUAAAACUCAGAAAAAUCUUAAAGAGAAAAUGAUUCAAAGUUAAUGAACUUAAAAAAUGAAUUUAGUGAAUAAUUGAAUAUUCAAAAACAAGAAUAUGACAAAUUAAAAAUUAAAUUAUAAAAGUAAGAACAAGAUUUUGAAUCUAAAUUAGUAGAAAUUGACACUAAAAAUAAUUUAAUUUCAGAGCUUUAAUCAAAAGUAGAUGCCUUAUAAAAUAACACAGUGAAAUUAAAAGAUGAUUUAAAUAAAUUUGUUAGUAAAUGUGAAAAUUUGGAAAUUAAUUUAAUUUAAAAGAAUAGUGAGAUUUCAAAAUUACAAUCUAUGUAAAAAUAACUUAAUGAUUAAUUAAAUUAAUCUAAAUAGAUAUAAUAAGAUUUGCUAAAAUAAAAAUAGUCAUAUUAAUAAUAGUAUGAAACUUAAAAUGACCAAAUAAAUGAAUUAGAUUUAUUAAAUAAGCAAUAUUUACAAUAAGUAGAGGAUUAUUUUUCUUAGUUAGAAAGUGUUUAAAAUGAAAAUGAAAAAUUGAAAUAGAGAUUGAAGUUAAUUGAAUUAGAAAGGGAUAAUAAAUAAAUUGAAUUGGAAAAAUAGAUUUAAGUCUAUAAUGAAUUGUUAGAAGAUUAUAUAGAAAAGAAUUCUUAAUUGGAAAAUUUAAAUUAAGAAUAAAUUGAAAAUGCUUAAAAAGACAAAAAGCUAGAGGAAAACCAAAAGGCUUAAUAAAAUAAAAUUGAUAAUUUAGACUUAGCUCUUCAAUAAAAAAAUAAUGAAUUAAUAUUAUUAAAAAAUCAUGAUUAAUUGCAAUUAUUAAAAGCAUAAGAUGAUUUUAGGGAAGUAUAAUUAUAAUAUGAGGAUAAAAUAAAUUGUUUAACUUAAGAGAAUUUGGAAUUGACAAUAUAAAUUCAAUCUUUAAAGGGUUAGAUUGAGUAUUUAAACUAAAAAUAGAAAUCUGAUAACAUUAUUGAAGUAUAGUAAAAAUUGAAAUUAUUGGAUCCUUAAUUUUAAUUUGACUUAUCUUCAGUUUAAAUUGGGAAGUAGAGCAUUUUCAUUCCAGCUUAAAAUGAUAUUUAUGUUCCAUUAUUGCUAAAAAACAUUCAAGUUUCUAAUAUAUCAGAUGAUUCCUUAUCAAAUACUAGUUUAGAUUAAUAAAUCAAAUAGAAAUUAUAUAGAGUACAAUUAACAUCAAUUCCAUAGACAUUAAGAGAAUUUAUUAUGUAUUAUUAAAAUUUGUAUAUUUAGUGAUACUGGUUUGCUUUUCAUAUCAGAAGUUAUGAACAUCACAGAGACUGAAGAAUGCUUUUAGAUUAGUGUAAAACAACCAAAUUAUAUAAUUGGAUUUGAAGGUUAGGAUAACUAGAUCAAAAGUUUUACUCUAUGA